AUGAGUGGUCAUACUCUGCGAAAAAAAAAACCUGUUACUGUAGAAGAUCAAUAUGCACUGGAUGAUCAAGGCAGACGUAGGUUCCAUGGAGCAUUCACUGGAGGUUUUUCCGCCGGAUACUUUAAUAGUGUCGGCACUAGAGACGGUUGGAGACCACAGCAAUUUAAAUCAUCGCGUAGCAGUAAAGCUGAAAAUGUUUCACAGCGCCCUGAAGAUUUUAUGGAUGAAGAAGAUACUGGUGAAUUUGGUAUUGCACCUACUGGAAUAAGAGCUACUGGAGAUUUUAGUGACCGAUCUGAGAGAGCCAAAAAACGGAAAAGAGAUCAAACUGAUGGUAGUCAACCUAUUCCUGGAGAACCUGUGCUUAAAGAAUUGUUGAAGCCAGUCACGUACACAAUGGGUGUUAUUUUAUUAAAAAAAAUGGGCUGGAAACCAGGACAAGGUGUUGGGCCAAGAUUAGCUAAAAAAGAUAAAAAAAAAAUUCAUGAAAGAAAUACUAAAAAAAAAGUUUAUGGAUGUACAUUGCCUGGCCAGGAAAUAACUCCUUACGAAAAUGUAAUCCUAAAGAAAAUUAUUUUGGUAUUGGAUACAGUGGCUUAGAGAGGCAAUCUGUUCUUUCUAACAAUUUCAAUCUUUUUGACACAACAACAUUUACAAUGCAAGAUAAAAACAAAAAGCUUUCAAUCCGAGGACAGGCUUUUGGAGUAGGUGUUUUCGAAGCUGAUGACGAAGAUAUUUACUCAUCAACGGAUAUGUCUAAUUACGAUUUUUCCCUGGGUCCCGAGUCUAAAAAAAAUCAAAGGACUAAUGAGAAAAAAGAUAAUGCUUCUAAAGAUAACUGUAUAGAAGGUUUUGUUGCAGCAAAGAAUUGUUUGAGUAGAAAAAAAAUUUUUGAUCCACCUUUAUUGCCUAGGGAUUAUAAGCCGGUUCAUAAAAUAAAAAAAAAAAGCCGAUUUUCGUCCAUUGUACCAGAUGAGCAAGAUAAAGAAAAAUCUUGCUUCAAACAAAAAUUAAAUGCUGAUGAACGGUUGCAAAUUUUGGAUGAAAAACCGAGUAGUGAAAAAAGUGAUGAUCAAUCUAAAUUACCUACUCAGAAUGAAGAUUUAAAAAUUCAAGGAAUUGAUACUAAAGAAAUUAAAAAAUCUAAAUUAUCGUGGAUGGAUAAAUUAAAUUCAUCAAUUUUUUUAUCUGGAGGUAUUGUAGGAAGCAAUAAAAAAUCUACAGAUACUUUUGAAAAUUUAGAAGCAAAGAAAAUUUUGUCUAAUGAAGUAAGUUCUGAAGAGAUUAAAAUUGAUUUUAAUAAAGUAGAUGAAAGCUCUGCUUUUAGAAAGUCAGAAGAAGAAUCUAUUAAUAAAAUAAAUAAUUCUAGUAAUGAAACAAAAGAGUUUGUAAGUAAAUCUGUGAAUAAUACUUUGAGUUCAGUUCCUGAAGAUCAAAUGAUCAAAGCUGCAAAAAUGAAUAUGUUUGGAAAGCUAACAAGAACAAUAGAUGUUUGGCAACCAGCCAGUGUUGUUUGCAAACAAUUAAAUAUACCAGAGCCUUUUGGUAAAAGUAUGAAAGCUGAGCCGCAAAAACGUAAGCGAUAUUCUGUUUUUGAAUCUUUGAAUAAUUAUAAUGAAGAUAAAUACCAAAAAGCUACUGAUACUGCUGGAACUUUUAAAGAGCCUGUUAUUAUGGAUAAAUCUUUUGAGAAAAAAAAUCUAAAUUUAUUGGAAGAAAAUAAUUUAAAUUUGGACUUAAAUGUUGAUAAAUCACAGGAUAAUAGUUUUAAAAUUGAUAAUAAAAAAGACACUUUUAAUUUAAAUUCAACUAAUUUAGCAACAACUAGUGUAAACUCAUUAAAAAGUUCAAACAGGCAUGAGAGCGAUAAAGCGGAUGAAAGUCAAGCUAGUUCAUUAGUCGGUGAGCAAUUAGGCAAAGUUGAGGCAAAUAAAGAUUUGUUUAAAGCGAUAUUUUUGAGUAGCAGUGAUGAGUCGGAAGCUGAGGAUGAUCCUGAGGAUGUUGAUAAUAAUACUGUAAAGUCUUUGUUAAUUGGAAAACCUGCGACUGAGUUAAUAAAUGUUCAAAGGAAUAAUUCUCCUCCUAGAGGAAUUUUUGCUAAGUUGGAUUUAGAUGAUUUGAUGAAAUCUAAAAAAAUUGUAGAAAAAAUUAAUGAAUCUAAAGUUAAAGAGUCAACAAUAAUCCCUUGUAAGGACGAAGAAAUUCAAGUAAUUGGUAAAGAAAGUUUAUCUUCCAACACAGUUACUGAAUCAGAAGACUUGCUUAAUAGUUAUGGCCCAGUUCUUCCACAACAUCCAACAAAAGUUAAAGACACAUCUGACUCUGGAGAGAUACAAAAGCCGGUGUAUAAUAAGAAGAUAGUAAGUAAGUUAGAUAAUGUUGAGCUUUCUUUGAAAUGGGUCGAGAAAACUAAGUCUAAAAAGGCGAAGAAAGAUAAGAAAAAGUCCAAGCAUAAAGCAAAGGAAAAAAAACGAAAGCACCAGAAAAAAGAACGGUAG